AAAAAACAAGAAAAUCACGCUUUACGCUCAACCCUCUGCUCUCACAGAUCUCAGUCGGAUCGCCCUGAGUGUGCUAAUCAGUGGCCGUAGAACUAACAGAGUGCUGGGCCGUAGAGAUGCAGAACGAUUUUCAUUUAAAGACGGCCAAGAUGGCGACUAUUGCUGUACCCAGUGAUGUCCACCAAAAUCUGCGACCACACGACAAGAAAUCGGAUUUCCCUAUAAAGAAGGCUGUCGGUCUUCCCGAACUGCCCACUGGAACUGAAGAUGACGCUGUUGUCCAGGAUAAGGUGCAGUCCAUUCUCGAGAUGGGGCACAGGCUUGCCAAGGAGGGCAAAGCUCAGGAACUUGGAGAGCUGAUUAAGAACACCCGGCCGUUCCUGAAUACCAUGAGUAAAGCAAAAGCUGCCAAGCUGGUCAGAGCACUAGUAGACCUUUUCCUGGAUAUGGAGGCGUGCACUGGUCUUGAAGUAGACCUUUGCAGAGAAUGCAUAGAAUGGUCUCAGCAGGAAAAGAGGACGUUCCUCAGACAGUCUCUCCAAACGAGGCUUAUCGCCUUGUAUUACGACACGAAAAGGUAUACGGAGGCACUGCAGCUAAUCGGUGAACUUCUCCGUGAGCUGAGGAAGAUGGAUGAUAAGGACCUUCUCGUUGAAGUACAACUUCUAGAAUCAAAAGUGUUCCACGCUUUGAGUAACCUUCCGAAAGCUCGUGCCGCCUUGACGUCUGCGCGUACAACCGCUAACGCAAUUUACUGUCCACCAAAGCUACAGGCGCAGCUGGACUUGCAGUCGGGAGUACUUCAUGCCGCGGAUGAACGCGACUUUAAGACGGCGUUCUCGUAUUUCUACGAGGCAUUCGAAUGUUACGACUCGGUGUCCAGUGUGAAGGCGCUGACCGCGCUGAAAUAUAUGCUGUUGUCCAAAAUAAUGUUGGGUCUGGCAGAAGAUGUGCAUUCGAUAGUAAUGGGUAAACUGGCAUUACGUCACGCUGGCCCUGAGAUCGAAGCGAUGAAGGCCGUAGCCAAGUCAUCCCAGUCACGUUCGCUUGCCGAGUUUCAGGAGGCAUUAGGUCGAUACAAAAAGGAGCUAGUGGACGAUCCGAUCAUUGCGGCCCACCUUGAAACUCUCUACGAUCAAAUGCUAGAACAAAAUCUAUGCCGCAUUAUCGAGCCUUACUCAAGGGUCCAAGUUGAUCACGUAGCUAAAGUGAUUGCGCUCCCUCGAGAAAAGGUUGAGCUUAAGCUGUCACAAAUGAUCCUUGACAAGAAGUUUUCGGGUAUACUCGAUCAGGGCACAGGUGUACUUAUCAUCUUUGAGGAACAGGAGACGGAUAAGACGUAUGUGGGUGCCUUGGAAGUGAUUCAUGCAAUGGGAAAAGUAGUCGACGCACUGUACCAUAAAGCGAAGAAACUUUCGUAGAUCCACAACGCUACGGUUGCGGAAUCGUGGAUGACAACUUAAAAUCAUCAUGAGAAUAACAACUCCGUAACUAUCUGCCACAACCGACCUAGUUCCAUUCAGUUGCAAUUAUCCCCUCUUUUUUUGCCUCUUUCCUCUGAAAGCUCCCACGUUUAUUUCGAUUUCCAUGUGAAUUCAACACCAUAAUGAAAUAUCAUCUCAUAUAUAACAUUGGUGUGCAGGUGACUGAAUGCCACGAAAUACUGUAUCUGGACUACACUAAGUGAUCUGGUUAAAUUGGCCCGUUAAAAACAAAACAUUACUUUUGAUAACUGAUUAAUUAAUUGAUCAAUAAAUCUUGGCUUGGUAGUUAAAGGAAGUAUCGCGUCAAACACCUGCGCGAGGAUUAAAGAAAUUAUAGGACGUUACGGAUGAGAAACGCAGUUAUUUCAUGGCGACGAUUGCUUAUCAACUAUUGUCGGCCAAUCUCUUUUCAUAGAAAUGUAUGCUGUGUAAUAAUACGGAUAGUGUAUUGUAUAGACAGUAAUACAAUCUUUAAGUUACCGUAAAAAAAUCGUGAGAUUCGUCAGUUCAGUUAUGCUGUUAAUUAAAGAAACAAAACUAGAAAAUCUCGUAUUACUUUGAAUAAUGGAUUCGGUGUACCGGGAUAAAAGCGGUUUUCGAAGGGUACUGCGUUGCCCAUGCUCAAUAGUAGUCGUCGUCAUGGGUAGAAUAUUUACCAAUAUGAAAUAGCCGCGGUCGAAGAUGGCUAGUUAAAUAGAUUAGUUAUUUAUUCACGGUGUGGUGUUAAUAAAAAAAAAUGUGAAAAGCGGAAAUAUACCAGUAAGUGCGAUGCUAAUACAUUUUCUGCGUUCAAGCUAAGCGGAUCGACGGCAACAGCUGGAAGAAGCUUUGUAUAGUCGAGGUGAAAAUAGAGACAUCCAUAGAAUUGCCUAUAACAAAGAGAAAAACAUAAGUACGUUGCAGACAGACAGGCGCACCAUACAUUGACCUCGCAAUAAGGUAUCAGUAAACUGAGCGUCACCACAACAAAUAGUUUUGCUGGAUGCGACUAGAUUGUAGAAAGUACACACGUGUAAAAUAAAAACUGUUAUUUCUUUUCUAAUAUUAUCAUAUUACUCUCAACAGUGGAACAGAGGGAAGACACCUGCCAGCCUUGAUCCUUGCAGAAACCUACAAACACAAAGUAGGACUACAACAACAACAUAAACGUACAAACAUAAACAUAAAAAUACAAACAGAAAGACCUACGAAAGCAAAAAAAACACAUUUGCACACCAUCUAAAAACAAAUUAAGGAACAUGCCACAAGUAUCCAGGUCGUCGCUCACGCAACUUUUACACUAUUAGAAUAAGGCGAUACCAGAUAACACGCACAGACACACAGACAUACACAAACAUACACACAGACACACUCACAGAUUCACGGACACACAGCCACAUUCACACAUACAUACACAUAUACACGCACCCAUUCACACAGAGCUACUAACGAAUGCGUCUAACAGGCGUACUAUUUUCAAGGAGUACCUAGGGUGAUGUAUGGAGCACACAUCUGAUGACCACGGCGGUCUGGGAAAGAACAAUGAAGUGAACGUGAAUUAUUGAAAUAUCUAAAGAAUGCGACAGUAGGGUCGUUAACAGCAUGCCACAGUGGCGAUGGCUAAAACGGCGAGAACGGCUUGAUUGAAAA